CGGCGCCGGCGCUCACGUGUCCGUGAGGAGUGCCAGCUGUCCCUCGGCCGUGAAGUUAAGGCGCAGCCGAUGCAAUUCGCAACUACAGCUGCAUCGCAACAAGGUAUCAGGAUAUAUCGAGGCUGCCUGCUGACUAGGGAGGCAGUUUGCAUAUGUCGAUCAGUCCCUUAGCAUUAUAUUCAAGGGCUACAUCGUUGUCUUUGGAGAGCAAAUAUUUGUAAUAAUUCCAAGUUAUCUCCUCGGACGUCGGAUGAUAAUCCUACUUUUGGGCAUCUAGCUGACUGGAAAUGAAUGUACAAUUUUCAGAUCACUCACACUGGUAUUUAUAGAAGUGAAACAAGAUCACAGGAUCCUCCCAGCUGCCGCCAAAUAAAACAUGUACGCGGUGUGUAUUCUGCUUUGGCUGCUGUGCCUCUUCCCAUCCGACCGAGCCUGUGACGGUCCCGGCAGGGACGACCUGUUGCUCUGCCGCUCCUGUGGGCAUGAGGUGGCGCUUGAUUCGGACGCCAGCUUCGUGGCCAGUCGGCUAGCGCUGUCACACCGAAAUAUUACCAUGAUCGGAGACAGGAGGGUGCCGGUACAGUUGUUUGAAAACCCGCAGGGCUUUCAGUUUGAGGUGGUGACUUUCAAAAAGGCCGACGUACACAAGCACUGGCCGGCGGACGGGCGCUUCACCUGGUACCCCCGGAUACUCGUGGACUGUGGCCACGUGUCCGCAGUGCAGCGCACAUCUUGUGUCAGUCUUACCGCACGGCCGGAUCACGUGGCAGGUUGGGCUUUUCAGCCCAGUGACUGGCCGGAGACGGUGACGGAGCAGCAGUUUGACGACUCCGAACAGACUUUCGUGGCGCUGGUGAUCGACAGGCUGUUGCAGGAGAACUUCGCGGCGACGCUUCUGGUGACACCCAAGUCAUUCCGGAGUUAGACGCUCUCGCCUCUGACCACCUCAACUUACGGAACCGUCGGCUUUAUAUGGUCCUCAACGCAAAUUGUGUAACUUCGUUAAACACACUUGGACAGUUUUGAUGCAUAAAUAUUUAAACUGACCUUC